CACCAACCUAUCAAGCGCACGGAAGCGCGUAGUGCCCUGCCCACCCGGUCAGACCUCGCAUCUGCCUGCUCGGGAAUACGACUCGACCCUAACAAGCCGAUUUUGCCGUCCUGUCUGCAGGCUUCUCCCUUGUUACCAGACCAAAACUCUCAGCUAGUCAGGACCGGUGUUUGGAUCGUCAAAACGGCUCCCAGUCUCUAGCGGCCUCGUGUCCGUCUCGUCCCUCGUCUGGACAACAACCAUCUGAGACCUUGGACCUGAGACUGCUUGCUUGCUCAGCGUCUUGCUUCCCCUCCCUCCCUCUCAUCUCCCCUCCCCCCCGGCGGUUGAUCGCCCUCUGACAGCAAGCCUCCCAAAGCCCCCAGAAUGCUUGGCAUCGCGUCUUUCACCGUGGCACCACCACCACCACCACAUAACGGGACCGUCCGAGACCACAAGGUCGACUGACUGACUGACUUAUGCGGCUCAUUCUGAUGUCUUGGCGACAUCUCUCUGUCCCAACCGUGCUUCCAGAGAAACAGAACAAACGAACGCCUCCUCGUAUACUUACCGAUCCGUCGUUUUCUCUUUUCGCACUACACUACGACUUCUGUUUAUUCCUGGCUUCUUCCCCUGACGAUCUGUCAGAUGUGGGGGAGCCCCCCCGGUGACCCUAAUCCAUACAAGCUUCGCCUCGAUGCCGGUUGCCGAAGACGGGCGUCAUCUUAGUCGUUGCGGAUCGCCCUGGCCGCAGCGGCAAACCCGUUCCGUGUUCUUCGUCUCACUCCCCUAGCCCCUCCCUCCCUCUUCUUUGUCUUUCAAAGAAGAGUUACAUCGUACUAACCAUACCUCUGACCCUUUGUUCCAAAUAUGUAACGCGAGGCUAAACCGAAAUCUCUCUCACUCUUCUCUCUUUUCUUCUCCCUCUCGCGACCUCGGGUCGAACGGCAAACGCGCAAGAACACCCAUAUUGUCGGAUGACCGACAUCGUCGCCGGGGAUUCACGGCUCUGCGUCGCGUACUAAGGCAUGAUCCCCUACACAGGGCCCGGCCAUGCAAGGCGCCCAUGGGCCAUGGCACAAUGUUGGCCGCCCUUCAGACGGUUGCCAGAGAGUUUCUCUUGAGAAACAACGAACUAGCCUCAAGUUCAGAAUGCCCCCCCCCCCCCCCCCCCCUUCUUUUGUCAAGGAGGAGGCACGGGCACCGCGGCCCAGCACACCAACAACACGAAACCUAGACUAUUCAAGGCCGGGCGACAUGGACCCUCGUCAAACGUGGGAACCGACAAAACGGCGAGCUUAUAGUUUGGUCGUUCGUGCCAGUAGAAUAAAGGGCUCAUUUCACGUCCCCUACCCCCCCACUCCCUUGUCACACUGGGUUUGGUUGCUGUAGACUCCAAGCGUCGCUGUUUUGUGUUCCUCGGCCUUAUGCUUGCUGUUCUCCCGUUUCUCCAUCUCUUUGGAUGGUUUCUUCUUUCCCCGCGAGCGAAUCCCAUAUAAUCCCAAUCCCGAUCGUCUGGCAACAAGACUGGCCAUGAGCCCUUAAUCCUCUCUCUCUCUCUCUCUCUCUCUCUCCCGGCGCUCCUCCAUCUCCCCAUGACACACAGCACCGGUUCACGGAUCCAGACAAAGCCACAGCCGGUCCCCCUCAUUCCAUCAUGGCGACCGUCUCCAAUAAUGUCCUGGCCCCGAGGUCGCUCCCGAAGAUCGACACGAUACAGAAUGGGCCGAUCUCGAGCCUCCAGCCGUACGGGUCCCUGCUCUUCGUCUCGAGCAUCAUCGCCAUCGUCGUCCUGGCCAACGUCCUCGAGCGGCUGAUUCUUCGCGUCGUCUACGGCGACAUCUGGACCGACCUCCAGCGCCCCGGCGCCGAGAAGCGCCGCCGCUCCUUCACCUACUACCACGUCGGCGCCAUCACCAUGUUCACCAUCAUCUGCAUCGGCGCCUACCCCUCCAUGCACUUCCUCGUCGGGCCCGCCAACCUGUCCACCGACGUCGUGCCGGGCCCGGGGAGCCGCAUCCGCGUCGGCGACCUCCUCUUCGCCGUCAGCCAGACCUACAGCGCCUACUACGCCUUCGAGCUCUGCUACCGCACCCAGUUCGCGAGCCCGCUCAGCAUCGCCCACCACAUCGGCCUCCUGGCCAUAACGCAGACGGCGCUAUCCCUCUUUGGCAACUAUAAAAGACACCCGGAGGCGACCAUAGAGUUCUACAUGUGUAUGAUAUGGGGCGCCUUCGACUGCAUCGUCGAGCUGCCCGUCUACAUCACCAUGAUCCUCUGGCGCAUCCGGCGCAACGACCACCGGCUGCUGUCGUACCUGACCACCGGCCUCUGCGUCUGGGUCGUCGUCGGCGCCUGCACCGAAGUCGCCGUCACCGUCUACCUCCUCCACAAGUCGUGGGACCGGUGGGGCCACGUGUGGAAGUUCGUCACGCCCUUCAUCUUCUCGCUCUGGAUCGCGACGCAGCUGUACGGCGCCUCGAGGCUGUGGUCCAUGUCGCGGUCCGAGUGGCGCAAGUGCCACAAGGGGACGUCGCAGGAGAUGGAGCCCGCCAUCGAGCAGCCGGGGCUUUUGCCCGAUGAACGAGACGGCGGCAACCAGGAGGAGGAGGAGUCGAAGAGCAAGGCGACAUGACGUUAAUGAGGAGGUCCCACCGUAUCGGUCCGUAUAUUAAUAAUUACCAGUAAAAUCAUAACUGUACAAUGCGGCUUUUUGUCCGACCAAGUCUCUAGCUAGAGUCUUUUCGGUCUGAGAAGCAAGACAAACCAGAUUAGACGACGCGGCUUGAGAGUUUUUCUCCCUUCCGGUGCGUAGGAUAAGUUGGUUUGAUGUAUCACCAACAGCUCAAACAGUCCGAGUGUAGGCCACGGGACCACCAUAUGGCCAACGCAGGAGGGAACCAGGGUGAUCUUUACCAUGGAAAUCCAAAGUUCGUGCCCCUGGGAGAAACAAAACAAGUGCAGCCGAGAGGAUCAGUGCGGCACACGCCAGGACUCCUACUCGCUGCCUGAGAUGGUUGCAAGAACUAACACAACCACAAAAACCUACCUCUGGGCAUUUUAUACUUGGCUGUAUCUCGAUACUUCCACAACCGGAAUUGAGUAGCCCUCAGUAGCAGAACAGCCCAUGCAACAUGCCUAGCGCCCGUUGUGGCGGAACGCCCGCAGACAUGGCCACUGGACAAGCAAGCCGGAUUACCCCGUUUUCUACAUACUGGACGCAUCACAAACAUGGC